AUGGCUGAGCUCGAGACAGAGUCGCUGCAUUUCUCCGUAGGCAUCCUCGGGAUCUCCGGGGGUUCUCUUUUGUUGCUGGUUAAUAACUAUGGCAGCUCCCCUGACAAAUACUUCAUCCCCCAUACUGCUCUGGGAGUUCUGCUGCUCAUCAUCGCUGCUCUCUUGGCCUACUCUGGAGUGCGUCGCAGCCUGGCCCAGUCCUCGUUGUUCUCCAGUGUGUGUCUGAGCGUGUCGGCGCUGUGGUGUGGCUCUGGCCUGGUCCACUUGUUGAUUGGGGAGGGGGUGGUGGGGGCCUCAGAGCUGAAGUCUUCCCUGGUGCCUGGCCUGGCAGCCUUCGCCCUGGCCCUCCUCAUCCUCGCUACAGUGUCCAUUCUCCAGAGAGAGGUGGUCCUCUUCAUCAUCUGCCUCUCCAUCAGUCUGGCCUGUGGGCACCAGAUUGCCGGCCUUAGCUCCGCGGGGUUUGGCCAGUCAGGCACGGCCGCGUGCUAUCUGCUGGUCACCUUGGUGGGGGUGUACUUUGGCUGCGGGCGUCUGCUCUCAUACAUCACCCAGGGCAGGGUGGAGGCGCCUGGGACAGAGCUAAGGAAGAGGGCAUUGGGUCAAGGGUUAGGGCUCAGAGGUCAAGAGGAGCGUAACGACGUGGUGCCUGUUGGUCUGGUGAUGAACCUCCUGUCCGCGAGUGUGUUAGCCUGCCCCCUGCUGGGGGUGGUCCCUCAGCUCUCAGUGGGUCAUGUCCCCUGGCUGUGGACGGCAGGUGUCUUCCAGGUCGGGGUGUGUAUCCUGUCCUUCAGAUACAUGGACCCCCUGGCCGCCACCUUCUACGGCUUAACCUCCAUCCUGCGCUUUGCAGAGGGCUACACGGCCCUCCUGGUGGCCUUCUCCAUAUUCCCCUCAUCCCCGGUCCCCUUCCCUGUAGUCUUCUCAGUUCUGUUCUUCAUCCUGGCCCUGUUCAGCUGUCAGAAGGGUCUGUCAGAGGGUCUUUACCAGCUGUUCUAUGUAGCGUACACCAUCGCCCUGGCAGCCCAACCCUCCCUCUCCUUCCAGGCAGGAGCACAGGGCGUCCAGGGGGCCCUUUACGUUCUUUCAGCUGUCAUGCUACUGGUCACGUCCUACAACAAUGUCUCAGCCAAUAGGAUCCCUACCGGGGAGGGCGUGUUCAAAGCCCUGGUGGGGCAUAUCAGCAGCCUGUCGCUUCGCCCCCACAGCCAAACCAGCCACACGCCGUACCUAGGUUACUCCAGAUACGCGGACGCGGAGGUGUUGGGCCACGCCUGCUCCGUCCUCGCAGCCUUCUCCAUCACAGUGUCCGGGGGGAGCCGUGCCCCACUGGGCAUGAUGGUGUUGCCGUGGGCGGUGGUGGCGGGUGGUGUCCUGCAACUCCUGGUCGGCUCCGUGGCCUUCUCCCGUGGUAAAACCCUGGAGAGCACAGCAUUUCUCCUGUAUGGUGUCUUGUGGUCUGUGUGGGGACUGACCCGCUAUGGAGGACUCUAUGGAGAUGUCCGUAGCUUCAACCUGGCCGUUGGGAUCAUCAGCUUCCUGUUGUUCAACACUCUGGUGACGUUUGGAGCGCUGCUCCUGAAUGUAACCUGGCUGGUCUACGCCGCAACGUUUCAACUCAUCAUCAUUUCCUUCCUGCUGGAUGCCGUAGGAGCUCUGCCUUAUGGGUAUGACAUAGGCGUGUCCAUCGUGUUUGGCUUGGUGUCGUUCUACUGCUUCCUGUCUGGACUGUUUAACAUGACCUUCCUGACCCCCUGUCUGCCCCAGGGUCAGCCGUUAGUUAGGUUGAGUGGGACGGGAGGAGGGAAAAGCAUUUGUCCACACGUCCCAGCACGCAAGGCAACUGCUGUUCACCAGAUAGCAGAGAUCAUGAAGAGCGGAGGGAUCUGUGGGAUUCCCACAGACACUGUAUAUGUGUUAGUAGCAGCUUGUAACAGACCAGAGGCUGUGGAAAAGGCCUACAGGUGUAAGCAGCAGGCCCAGGACAGGCCAAUGUCUCUGUGGGUGUCCAGUAUAAACCAGUUGGAACCGGUCAGAUCCCUGCUGUCUCCGCUGCUCUGGGACUUCAUGAGCGCUGCCUGGCCGUCCUCCAUCAGCAUGGUCAUCGCCCGGGGGCCAUGGAUGGAGAUGUUUGGUUUGGGGGAAUCAUCUAAACACAUAGGAACCACUCAAAGCAUCGCCAUCAGGAACCCUGACUGUGCUGUCGCCACACACCUCAUGAACAUGGUGGGUCCCAUUGCUGUGACGUCAGCCAAUCCCACAGGAGAAGCAGAUACAACACACCACAACCAGGUGUAUGCUAAGCUAGGAGACAAGGUGGAUGGUGUGCUGUGUGACGGGCCGUCCCCUGAGAACAUCGCCUCCACCGUGGUGGAUUGCACCAAAAUAGACAGCGGCCAUAUUGGAUUCUUCAGAGUGGGCGUUAUCCCCAAGUCUCAGGUUCUACAGAUUUUCACAGAAGUCCAGAAGAGGCAUUUUCAUGGCCAAAUGAACCCAGGGUUUGAAGCAGACCAGACAGAGUCUGAUCUUCAUCUUAACUUUGACUCCAACAUCACAGAGAACCAGACAAUCACAGCACAAGAAGAUGAGAACACACCGUCCACAGAUUCCUGAACACACCACAGACUCCUAAACACCCCACAGAUUCCUGAACACACCAUCCACAGACUCCUGAACACACAGACUCCUGAACACACCGUCUCCAUCCUGUCUCCCCUAGUUACAGUCUUUAGCUGCAUCCUCAGAACAGAAGCCUCAAUGUCCUUCAUAAAUAUACUAUACUACUAUUCCUUCAUAAAUACACUAUACUACUAUUGCUUCAUAAAUACACUGUACUAUUACUUUGUAAAUACUAUGUAUUACUAUUAUGUAAAUACUACAAAAUUUGUUUGGUAUAAUGAAGCUAUUAGUUUAAGAUUCAUAUUUUCUGGGUGAAAAAAUUUACGUUGUGUCCUGAAUAAGCACAACAUGUCAAGAGUGUAUAUAUUAAAAGUGUAUUUACAUGCAGUUAAAUGUUUAUUAGGCAAAAAAACUUUCUCAAUUGUUUUUAAUAAUAGUAAUAAUAUACAUAACUUAAUGUGAUACUCCAUCUGCCAUCACUGGUGACAUGUUAUAGAGUUGUGCUUUGUAGUUCAUAUGGGACUUCAGCAUGAAAGAGUAAUUAUUUUAUUAUUGUUUUAGUAUUAAUUAGCUAUGAUUAUUGUUAAUAA